ACGUAUAUCAAAAGUUGUUCGUUUGAACAAGUUCAAUUCGUUUAAUUCUUUUUUUUCUUCCUUUCUUUUUAAAUUCGUUUCACUUCUUUUCGUUGUUCGUACGUAUAUAUACUUGAACCACCUCGCUUCCAUGUAUCGAUUAUUCGUUAAUGGCGAAUACACGUAGUCGAAUACACGAAUAGCCCGAUUCAAGUACACGUAACACGAAUUGAAAAAUAAUGCCCUGUCGAUUAUCGUUCGAUUGAAAAAAAAAAAAAAAAAAAAAAAAAGAAUUACGGAUUAUACACGGAAUUAUAUAUAAAUCGAACGAGGGAUAAAACUCACUGUUGCAGAGUGAAAUUAGGACAAGGAUUCUUGGCAUUGUUUGAAUAAUGAACGAACGAACACAAAUUCAACACGAAUUACACGAGCGAUUACACGAGAAAUUAUUUACACGAGAUAAUUCUCUGUAACUCUCUGCGUGUAUGAAUGUCGAUUUUCUCUAUGGGUAUUGAAAAUCUAGUUGCAAAACUAGUAGCUAGAAAAAAAAGGAAUAUAAUUUUUUUGUAUUAUAUUUCAAAGUUGUUCGAAUUGUUAAUUUAAUUAUAUUUGAACAAGUGUUGUGACUAUGGAUUUGUAUUACACGCCUGUGAGUUCACCUUGCAGGGCAGUUCUGUUGGCUGCGGAGGCGAUCGGCAUCUCCUUAAAUUUGAAGGAAAUCGAUAUAUUUGCAAAUGAACAUUUGAAACCGGAAUACGUGCAGUUAAAUCCACAGAAAACUGUUCCAUUUCUUGUAGACGGUGAUUACAAACUAACGGAAAGUCGAGCUAUUAUGUCGUAUUUAGCCGAUCAAUAUGGUAAAAACGUUCGCCUGUAUCCACGAACACCAACUGGUCGAGCUUUAGUCAAUCAUAGAUUACAUUUUGAUAUCGGUACUCUGUAUAGAGGUAUGAAGGAUUAUUACGUAAGUGUUCAUAAGAAAAAAUGUAUAUAUAUAUAUAUAUAUAUAU